UGCACGAAUAAAAAUCUGUCACAAUAGAAGAGAUGAUCCUGGUUUGAUAGAAUCAGGGAAGAUAAGAGAAAAUGAAGUAGAGGCUUUCUUUCUAUUAGAAAAUCUCCAAAUAUUGGAUCGAUUUUCCACAACCAUCUCCAUCUCUCUUUUAUACAACUCACAAAAGAGCAGCACCAGCAAAACGGUAUCUCUGGACCCCGUUUCACAUCGCUCAAAUAGCCCUUCCUCAAGUAGCAGCACUCCAUAACCAAAGAGAACGUUGCCGGCAAUGAGAAAGCCGAUAUGCCUUCUCUCUAUCCCUCCCUCUCCUCCUUCAUCGCCAAGCGCGAAACCGUAACCCUAAGCAUCUCCGCCGCGCUCCUCCGCUCCUACUCCUCCUCGGCGAAACCCUCCGCUGCCGCAGGCGAAACCUGCGUCUCCCUCUACUUCCGCCGCGCCCGCCUCAUCGACACGAUCCGCCUCCGCCUCCGCUCCCACGACCCCUCCGCCCCUUCCCCCUCCCCUCCUCGCCCUCUCGACCCCUUCGUCGCCGCCAACGCCCUCCGCGCCGCCCCCUCCCCCGACCACGCCCUCGUUCUCUUCCACUCCCUCCGCUCCCACCCCACAAUCGCCCGCCGCCCCGCCCCCGCCCUCCACGCCCUCGCCAAGCGCCUCGCGCUCGCACGCCGCCUCCCCGACCUCCACCAACUCCUCGCCGACCUCGAUGCUGGCGCCUUCCCCUCCGCCCUCCCCCCUUCCCCCAUGGACCGCCUCCGCUGGCUGGCCGCCGCCGGCGACGUCCCAUCGGCCCUCCACGCUUGGUCCUCCCUCCGCUCCUCCUCCGCCUCCUCCGCCCGCCGCGGCCGGAGCCACCCCUGCACCGAAGCCUACAACCUCGUCAUGAACCUCUACGCCGCCGCCGGCGACCACUCCGCCGCCGUCACCACCUUCGACCAGAUGAUCCAAGAAGGUGCGAAUCCCAACUCCCGUACUUACACCAUCAUCAUAGACCACCUCAUUCGAUCCGGAAAUCUCGAGCAGGCCAUUGAGGUCUUCCAUCUACUCCCUUCCAUGAGGAUUCGCCGAACAUCAAAGCAGUACAAUGUGCUUGCCGAUGCCCUCUCGUCGUCCGGACGGUUCGUUGACCUGGAGAAGCUAAUCAAGGCAAUGAAUUAUGAUGGAAUUCUCCCCGGACGAUCGAUGAGGGAGGCGAUAUCAAGAAUGAGGGAGGCUGGGCACACCACAGGGACCGAGGAGUUCGUGAAGAUAUUAUCCCCCGAUGAUCGAAUUGGGUUCGCUGUCGAGGAAGAAGAGAAUGAGGAGGAGGAGGAGGAGGAAGCCCCUGACGAUAACCAAAAGAAUGACGGCAGUGGUCAGAUCAAAUUGAAGCCAUGGCUGGACCCAAUCGCUCUGGCCAGAGCUUUGGAGGACUGGGAUCCGACAGAGGUAUCUGAAUUGGAGGCGGCGAAGCUUGUGUGGACCUCCCGGCUGGUGUGCAAACUCCUGAGGGCCUUCAAGAAGGCCAAGACGGCGUGGGAGUUCUUCUGCUGGGUGGCGUACCAACCUGGAGGGUUCGCCCAUGACCGCGACACAGUUGCGAGGAUGAUCGCCAUCCUCGCUCGGAACGGGCAUGUUGAAUUGGUCGAACGCCUUCUCUCCAAGGUGAAGUCCGAGGGGAUUCUGCUCCCCUUUGACACCGUUCGAUUGGUUGUCGACUUCUACGGUCUCUCGAAGAAAGCCGAUGCCGCCAUGAAGGUCUUUCGCGAUGCCAAUUUGAUAUGCGGCUCGCUGUCGGCAUCCAACCGCUUGCUGCUAUGCUCUUCUUUGCUGAGGACGAUGGCUAAGUGCAGGAGGGGAAAUGAGGCUAUGGAGCUACUGGAAGAGAUGAUGUUAGAGGGAGUGCUUCCUGAUACACAAACAUUUACAGGUUUGAUGCAGUAUUUUGCCGGCAAUGGGGAUUUGAAGAGCGUCCAUAGGCUGUUUGGGAUGGUGAGGCAGUGCAGGCUCGAGCCCGAUUCUUAUAUGUAUCGGGUGUUGAUUCGGGCGUACUGCAAACAGGAGAGGGCGGCGCUUGCGCUGAGGGUGUUCGAGGAAAUGAGGAGCUCGCGUAUGUUGCCGGAUGGCCACACCAAAGCUUUGCUUGUCAAGAGCUUGUGGAAGGAAGGGAAGCUUCGGGAGGCGGCAUUAGUGGAGGAGAGGUGCGAGGGGGUUGAAGCGGGGCUUCCAUUGGCAUCGCCGGGUCAUGUCUGGACUGCGAGUGCAGUAGAUUUUAAGCGGAUUUAUGACAUUUAUUCUGGUCGUUUUGCUUAGAGAGAUGGCCAGGCCUGAAGACCUCAUGGUGUUUGUAUCUGUGCCUUUCUUGAGGCGGAAAACGUGACGAUUGAGUAGUUUCGCGAUAAGUUUAUCAGGAGAUCUAGAAGAAGGUGCAUCGAAGAUACAAGCUCAAGAGAACUAGCGUUGGCUGGAGGGGGAGAACGCAUCAGCGAACCAAUGGCGUGAAUUAAGUACGGUUAGAAAUCCCCUAAUCCCAGGCUGAUGUGAUAAGGCAUAAUGCUGUAUUAGUUAAUAUUUCAUAAAUGCCAAAGAACUGAGUUUAACUUGUUUUGUAAACCACACUAGAUUUAUCCAUGAUAUGCCUUUAUCGACCAUGGAAAGAAGUGGUAAUUCCAAGA